AUGGGCGAUCCCGAAGCGGAGCGCGGGCGCCUGGAGCGUAUCCGCGCUGCGAAGCGUGCGCUGCGCAAGUUCCAGCAGCGCCGCGAGCAGGAGCAGAGCAAGCGCGCGUCGCGGACGCUGCGUGCCUCGGUCGUGCUCCAAGGUGCGGACGUGCCGACGCUCCUCACGCAGUCGUACACUGCGACCAACAAUCCAUCCUCGUCUGCACGCGAGUCGGCGCACCGUGCGACUGAGUCGUCGCGCCGGCGCCACUCGCGUACGCAGUCGAUCCUCUCGGAGGCCUCGGACAAGCGCAGCUCGCGCCAGCGCUUCUCGAUGAGCGGCCCGGCGAGCAAUAGCGCGCGGCGCAGCGUGCACGUACGGAAUCCGUCAGUCGCGCUCCCGGCGCAGCUCCCGCCGCCGACCGGGCGCCGGCCGAUGAGCGUUGUUUUUUCGCACCAGCCGCGGGCGUCGAUCGCAGGCGUGCCGGUCGAACAGAACACCACGCCGCAGACGACGCCGCGGCUGAACAGCUCGCCGCGUCUCGGCGAUGCACACCGGAGAUCGCGGCACUCGCGCCAGUUUAGCGUCUCGACGCGCCGCGAGAGCUUUGAGAUCAUGAGCGGACGGGCGCUGCCGUCGGCGAUCGAUACCAUGCUUCAUUCGACGCAGCAUCAGCGGCAGUCGCGCGCAGGCCGCGCGUCCGUCCGCUUCUCUGCCCUGGAGGCCGCGAGCGUGCUCUUUGGCAAUCCCCAAAAGCCCCUGCCGCCCGUGCCGCAAGAAUGGCGCGCAGGGCUCUGGGCAAACGACGACGAGGACGGCGAGGACCGCGUGAGUGCCCUCGACAAGCUCGAAGGGCGCAGCGGCGGCCAGCGCGCAGACACCGAGCGUGCGCCCCGCGCCUCGACGCCGAGCUGGCUCGGCGAGCCACUCCAAGGCGCACCGCCGCCGCCGCCGCGCAAAGAGUCGCCGCCCGCGGACCUCGACACGCUCGUCGAGGAGGACGAGGAGGAGAGCCAGGCGAGCCUGCGCCGCAAGGAGCGCCGCGACGCGACGCCGACCAAGCCGGACACGUCUGCCGAAAAAGAGGCGGACACGAGCCGCUCGCUGCGUCCGCUGCGCCUCUCGACGAUGAAUGCGAGCGGCACGCCGCUGCUCGGCGGCCGCAGCAUGUCGGCGACCAAGGCGCAGCGCCGCGUGUCGAAUAUCAUGUACAAACCGCCUACGGACGCGGACGAGCGGCCGCUGCGCCAUCAGGCGCCGUCGUCGCGCAGCGCACAGUCGUCCAACACCUCGUGGCCGAUGACGGACGCUGCAGGCAGCGUCCUCUUUUCGCCCAAGUCGAUCGCCUCCGACUCGCCCGGCGCGACGAGCGUCGACUCGGCGGACCACACGCCGCGGCGCAAGCCGCCGCCGGCCGACCGCCAGCGCGAGGUGAUGGCGCUCCAGCGCGAGGUCGAAGAGGUGCGGCAGGUGAUGGGCGCGCAGGUCGCGCAGGUCGCCCAAGCACGCGACGCGGCCGAGGCGCGCGCCGCGGCGCUCGACGCGGAGAUGCGCACGCUGCGCGAGCGCGUCGAGGAGAUCGAGGGCGAGCGCGACAUGCACAAGGAAGACGUCGACGGGUGGCGCACGCGGUGCUCGGAUCUGGAGCAGACGAUCCAGUCGCAGCAGCUGCGCUUCAAGCAGGAGCAGACGUGGCGGCACGCGGCGACCAAGCGCAUGCAGGCCUUGUCGAACCGCCUCAAGAGCCAUGAAAGCUCGUUUGACUCCAACUCGUCGGGCUCGCAGCUCGUCUCGCUCUCGAGCAUGUCGAGCAUGUCCCCGCUCUCGUUCGACCGCACGCUCGACCCGAUCGCCGACCUGCCCGAGCUGCCCCAGAUGCCGUCGGACGACGAGCUGGGCGGGUGGUCGAUGCAGAUCGCGCGCCAGCUGUCGAAGCACGCGCCGGACAUGACGCACGACGGCCCGUCGCCGGAAACCGUGCGCGUGCUCUCGGAUAUGCGCCAGCAGAUCAUCACGCUCUACUCGGAGCUCAAGCUCGAGCAGUCGAACCACGAGCUCACUCGGACGCAGCUCCGCGAGCUCAAGAUGGCGCAGGCCGUCGACGCGGACGUGUUCCUCGGCCAGAACGAGGCGGCGACCUUUACCCCCGCCGACGCGCAGCACGGGUACGCGGGCGAGACGCCGGCGCUCUCGACGCCGCGCUCGCGCUCAGCGUCGGCGCGCCGCAAGCGCCAGGCGUUCCUGCCCGACGGGCCCGCUCCCGCGUUCCUCGAGGAGCUGAGCAAGACCGAUGCUCCGGACACGAGCGGCUCCCAGACGCGCUCGGAGGAUACCAGCGGGGACCGACCGACAGAAAACCGUCUGCACGAGCGCCCGCCGACGGACGCCGAGACGACUGCCGACGUUCUUUUCGCCGACGACCUCAAGCGCCACUCGCUCGUGGGCCUCGGCCUCUCGUCCCCGCCCAAGGACCAGACGAGCUUUGAGACGGUGGCGCGCACCGAGCCGGCCUGGCCGGAAACGAGCCAGGACACCUCGUGGCUCGAAGAGGCGUGGCCCUCGGCGCCGGACACGUCUGCGUCCGACGUCUCGGCCGGCAUCGAGAGCAUUGGUGCGCUCGAGCAGGCCUUUUCCGAGGCAAGACUUGGGCCAAAGGGCGACGACGCGUCGAGCGAUGUGCCGUACAUGGCCGAGGCCAGCGAACCCGAGUCGCAGGCGCCUACGUCGUCUACCGAUGCGCCCGGAACGCCGCACGAAGCUGCGCCGGGCGCCGAGUCGCUCGCUCCUGCGACGCCUCUUGCGGGCCCAGCACCGAGCGAUGCGACGGAAGCGACGCCCAAGGCCGCGGACGCCCCGUCGUUCGCGCCGCGGUCCUCGACGACGCCCCCCUCGCCCGAUCUCGAGGCCGGCGACGAGAGCGCGUGGGUCAGCGACGAGGAGCCCGACACGCCCGGCUAUAUCCGCCCCGAGUUUAUCCCCGAGUGGAGCUUUGACCAAGCGAUGUUUGAGGCGGCGCAGGACGUACGCGUGUACGAGCUGUCUGGGCGCAAGCCGCGCACCAAGCAGUCGCGGCGUGGCGCGGCGCGCGUCAACCCUGCGCCGGUCGAGGACUUCUUUGGGAUCCUAAGUGCGGACGGCGAGCUGGAGCCUGCGCUGCCUCUGCCGAACUAUGCGCUCGAGAUGCCCCCGGUCGACGUGAGCAAGCUGAGUGCGCCGCCGUCGCCCGCCUCGCGCACGGCGACGGUGCGCAAGUCUGCCGCGUCGCUCGGCCUCGGGCGCCCGUCGGUCGUCGGGCGCAGCGCGUACGUCGACGACGCGGUGCGCGCGCCGGCGCCUGCCUCGAUCACGGUCCCGAUGCUCGACUCGUUCCCUACGUACGAGGCGCCCAACACCUCGAACGAGGAGUCGAGCACGAGCCAGUUCCUCACCCAAAUGUUCAGCUCGCUCAAGUCGCCGUGGCACCCCAGCAACCGGCCGAUGGACGACUGCGAGACACACGACACCUCGGAGCCCGAGCUCUACCCCGCGAUGUCCUCGCCAAAGCAAGAGACGCCGCCGUCGACGAGCCCCGUGUGGCCGACGACGCCGACAUUUGGCACGGCCGACCGCCUCGCGCCGUCGAUCCCUGCGCCGAGCACGCCGGUGCCGCGCAGCCCCGACGCGCGUGCGCCGUCGCCGAGCAGCAUCGGCAAGCGCUACAUCAAGGCAAACGCCCAGACACGCAUCCCUGUCCCCACGCCUGUCUGGCGCCUGAAUUUCACACCUACCACGGCGACGCCCAUGGCGCGCCCCCCGUUUACGAUAUGA